AUGGCGAUUCGGUGGUCGAAUCUGUGUAUUGCAUUGUUUACACUUUUCUACGCCAUCUGUGUCCUUGCCGGGAAGAGCUACUACGAUGUGCUGCAAGUGCCGAAAGGUGCGUCUGACGAACAGAUCAAGAGAGCUUAUAGGAAACUCGCUUUGAAGUAUCAUCCCGAUAAGAAUCAGGGAAACGAGGAAGCGACUCGCAAAUUCGCCGAUAUCAACAACGCUUAUGAAGUCUUAUCGGAUGAGGAGAAGAGGGAGAUAUAUAACAAGUAUGGUGAAGAAGGGCUUAAACAGUUUGCUGCAAAUGGCGGACGAGGAGGAGGAGGAGGGGGCAUGAAUAUGCAGGAUAUAUUUAGCCAGUUUUUUGGUGGAGGUUCGAUGGAGGAAGAAGAGAAGGUUGCCAAGGGUGAUGACGUAAUUGUGGAACUUGAUGCGACUCUCGAAGAUUUGUACAUGGGAGGCUCUGUGAAGGUAUGGAGGGAGAAGAAUGUGAUAAAACCAGCUCCUGGAAAGCGAAAGUGCAACUGCAGGAAUGAGGUUUAUCACAGACAAAUUGGUCCUGGAAUGUUCCAACAGAUGACAGAGCAGGUAUGUGACCAAUGCCCAAAUAUCAAGUACGAACGGGAAGGAUACUUUGUCACAGUUGAUAUCGAGAAAGGAAUGAAAGACGGUGAAGAAGUGUCUUUCUAUGAAGAUGGUGAACCGCUUCUUGACGGUGAACCUGGUGACCUUAAGUUCCGAAUCAAUACUGCACCACAUGCCCGUUUCCGGAGAGAUGGCAACGAUCUACACAUGAACGUCAACAUUACACUGGUUGAGGCGUUAGUUGGUUUUGAGAAAACAUUCAAACACUUGGAUGAUCACGAGGUUGACAUCAGUUCCAAGGGUGUUACAAAGCCCAAGGAAGUGAAGAAGUUGAAAGGAGAAGGGAUGCCACUUCACUACAGCACAAAGAAGGGCAACCUCUUUGUCACUUUUGAGGUUUUGUUUCCUUCUUCUCUCACCGAUGAUCAGAAGAAGAAAAUUAUAGAAGUCUUUGCUUAG